GUACGAAGCGAUAUAACGAUAUAAUUAAUAAUCGAAUACCUUCUGAACCAACUGAAGAGUGGCGUCAUAUUAUUGAAUCGGCUAACAAGACUUGCGUAGCGUGGCCCCCUUCGAGACAUGUAUAUAUUUGCGGAGCAAAGCCGCUUUUGCGAAGCAGGGCGCUCUGCGCCACGAAGCCUCCUGGUAGUGCUGAAACUUUUACCAAGUUAGACACAAAAUCAGAGGCUUUGCUUCACGAAUAUGAAAGAACUAAUACGGACUCGCAGAUUGAGAGUGCUUCCAAAUGUCGCUCACUUAUUCCAUUUUUAAUUCCUCCGCCACUGAAACGAGGAUGCGCUUGGCUCUAA